UGCUGUAAACUUCCGGUUUUUCUCCGCACGUGUAGUGUUUAAGUGUCUAGACCGUGAAUUAUUGUUCUAAGUUUUCGAUACCAAUGUACAAUGAAUCCUAGGAAGCCGAACGAAAAUAAGACAAGGAAGAACAAGCUUGGCUUUCUCAAUGACCACACCUUAGAUUACUACCGAAGAGUAUUUGAAACGCUGACAGAUAUCGAUGGAGAAGAGAAAGAUCUGUUCCUCAACAAUGUCUUCACUCAAAUGGAAUCUGAAGCCAUUAAAGUGUCCCAGAAUCAAACAGUCAGUCGGUUUAUUGAGCGAUUUUUAGAGAAUGCUCAACCACACCACAUCACACAGCUACUGUUGGCAUUCAGCGAGGACUGGGGCACCGUGUCAACAGAUAGGUUUGCCAGCCAUGUGUUUCAGAAUAUUAUUGCUCUGUCUCCAAAAUGUAUCCAACAAGGGGGAGACAACUCUGACAUUAAUGAGGAGAAAUCGGUUAAGGACUUGUUGUUGGAGUUUUGUGAAUAUUCAAGUGAGAACCUUGAGACAAUGCUGACUGAUACCUAUGCCAGCCAUAUUUUACGAGUGUUGCUAGAAGUGUUGGGAGGUGUGGACGUCUCGACGGAUAUCAUCAGAAGUCGGAUGUCUCAAGCUCAGGCAAAAGAUGAAAAAGUGUGGCCAAAGAAAAACAAUCCCCCUGAAGAAUAUGGCCCAUGGUUUAAGAAGAUUGUCAAGAAAGUGUUCUCGCUUUGUGACUAUUCAGGUCACCUGAUGGAUGCCAGUUCUAGUCCUGUGUUCCAGACCAUCCUGCUCAUUUUAAAGCAGCGAGACCCUGAGUCCUGUCGCAAAUAUGUCAAGAGGAUUCUGAAGAAGAGUGGGCUGACCCAGCCAAAAGAGGAGGAAGAAAGUGGGAAGGAAGGAGAGGACACUGAAGUCAUGUUACCUGUGUUAGUGCGGAAUGAAGUGGGGUCCUACUUGGUACAACAGAUUGUGGCUGUGAGUCUUGGGGACGAAGGUCAGAGCAAGGUGUUCAAGGCCAUAUUCAAGGGGAGACUACUCAACUAUGCUGUUGACAGAGCAGCCAACUACAUUCUGCAGACACUGAUUGACCGGGUCACAGACAAAGAACUGUUUGAGGAGAUCUUUGACGAGCUGACGCAAUAUGUGGAAGACAUCCUGGCAAUACACCAUGUUGGGCUCCUGUCCAAGCUUGCAUCAGGCUGUGAGAGAAAUCACACACGACAAGAUAAAUUUGUCAGGAGGUUGAUGGAGGCCUUCCACUGUGAUGCCCCUGACAGCCGACAUACCGCCCUGGCUCCCCUGCUUCUGUCUCUGUCAACGUACGAGGUGUUUUAUAAAACAGAGGAGUCUGACAAUGACCAGGCAGAGAAAACCUCCCUCUCGGCAGCCACCCCCCAACAGCUCACCACCAUCAACUAUCACGGCUCUGUCCUCAUGCAGAAUCUGCUUAGGUUUGGCAAGUCCAAACUGGUUGUGAGCAGUUUGUUGGAGCUGAAACCAGCUGAGCUGAAGUUGGUGGCAUGUGAUCGGUGUGGCAGUCAUGUCAUCGACGUGUUUUGGGAGAGUGAAACUGUUGGAGAGAAGAUGAGAGAUUUGCUGCUGCAGAAGUUUAAGGGUCUGUUCCUUGACAUCAGUUGUGACCGGAAUGGAAGCAGAACCCUGGAGUCCAUGUGGAAGAGCUGCUCUGCACAACAGAAGGUUGUGAUUGCGGAAGAGCUCUCCAGACAUGAAGAUAGACUCCACAGUAAUAAGUUCGGACAUUUCGUCCACCGGAACCUUGCCAUACCUCAGUUCAAGACUCAUCGCAAGCUGUGGAUGUCGCAGCAGGGAGUCACGGCAAAGAAGAGAAAACUCUUCAAAGACUUCUUUGACGAUUCCGGUCCUGCAUUCCCCAAGAAGCCCAGACCAGACAAGUCCGAACCAUGGAACAAGAUGUUGAGCCAGACCAGAGAUCCACCCAAAUUAUUCCAAACUGACAAGAAGGACUGGACCAACAAGAUGGCAGAUAAAAGUAAACAAAACAAAAAGCAAGCUGACAAGUCCCGAAAUAAAUGGUCUCCAGAUGAUGAGGAGCAGACGGUCACAAAACGAGAGGACUCUGACGACGAGGAUGCGUUGAAUCUUCUUGACACUCUGGUGAGAAAACAUGGCCUAGACGAAACAGAGGAAGAACCAGAGGAAGAACCAGAGGAAGAACCAGAGAAGAAGAAGAAGAAACAUAAACACAAAUCUGGAGAGAAAACUGGGCACGCUGAGAAUGUUGUAUCCAAGAAGGUUAAAAAACAAAAGGGGAUAAAUAAGUGAAAUUAUAGAGACCCUAAGAAUUGUUUGUAAAUAAUAUAUGUACAGGUCAAUAAAUAUUGUAUAUGUCUGCUCA